GUCAUGGAAAAACUAUAUUCCUGUACUGUGAUCAAGAAGUGUAGCAAGUGAUAGAAUAGAAAGACAAGGCAGAUCCGCCAGUGCUGGAUUGGGACUAUAGUUAGGUGGUGAUCCAGAGAGAUAGAUCUAAAGAGCAAGUAUUUGUGUCGGUGAGGACGGGGGUGCUGUUCAAGAAGGGCAGUAAGGGAGGGCCGUUGCUGUAAAUGUGAUUGUCGAGAGACCAACCACAGCAACUGUAAACUCAGAGGCAGAAAAGUAUUUGUCUUGCUCUACUGUACAUCCAAGUCACCAUGGCCAUCAGGGUUUCACCACUACUCUAAACAGCCCUCAACUACUUUGCACCAUGUCGACGGGCCCUGGCCUUCUUUUACCUGAGCUGACAGGGAGCCCCCUAACCACAGGACUUGCUGGUCUCCAGACACUGUUGGACCUACUGGUCGGUGUCUAUCAGGAGUUCUACUCCUCACCUUUCACAAAGGAGAAGUAUGUCUCUGGUUUUCUGCAGUGGGCUGAACCCCUGGUGAGGCAGGUUAAGAAGACACGUCUCAAAAGAGAGGACUUUCACAUCCUGAAGGUGAUUGGCCGAGGCACAUUUAGUGAGGUUGCUGUGGCGAGAAUGCGAAGCACACAACAAGUGUAUGCUCUGAAGAUUAUGAAUAAGUGGGAUAUGCUGAGGCGAGGAGAGACAGCAUGCUACCAGGAAGAGAGAGACGUUUUGCUGAGGGGUGACAGACGGUGGAUUACAGCGUUGCACUAUGCCUUUCAGGAUGACAACUAUCUGUACCUAGUGAUGGAUUACUAUGCAGGUGGGGACCUGCUGACUCUGCUUAGUAAAUUUGGAGAUCGGCUCCCCGAGGACAUGGCUCAGUUCUACCUGGCAGAGAUGGUCAUGGCCAUUGACUCUGUCCACAGACUGGGUUAUGUACACAGAGACAUCAAACCUGACAACAUCCUCCUGACAGUUGAUGGACAUAUUAGAUUGGGGGACUUUGGUUCCUGUCUGAAGCUACUGGAGGAUGGGGUGGUUCACUCAUCCUUAGCUGUUGGGACCCCUGACUAUUUGUCUCCAGAGAUUUUAGGAGCAGUAGAGGGAGGUGGAAGUUAUGGUCCUGAAUGUGACUGGUGGGCUCUAGGUAUCUGUGCCUAUGAGAUGCUGUUUGGGACCACACCUUUCUAUUCAGAGUCUAUCUCUGAAACAUAUGCCAAGAUUAUUCACUUUCAGGAGUAUUUUCAGUUUCCUCCUUCUGGCCCUGAGGUUUCAGAGAAGGCUCAUUCCUUCAUCACUGGACUCAUCUGUGAGAGGGAAGUUCGUCUAGGCAGGAAAGGAUCCAGUGACUUCAGGAGUCAUUGUUUUUUCUGUGGAAUAGACUGGGGUUCCCUGCAUAAACUCGAUGCCCCUUUCCUGCCUGAUGUCUCUAAUCCAACUGACACCUCCAACUUUGACAUCCUGGACGACACCCUGAAUGACAUGGGGACGCCAAGUGACAUAAUGGAUGGAGCUCCAAUAGGAAUUCACUUGGCUUUUGUUGGAUAUUCUUACGCUGCUACCAGUCAGACGGGUGCCAUUGACCGCAGUCACAACAUAAUGAUGCAAACUGACCCUACAAAGCUUGGGGAGUGUGAGAAUCUGAAUGCAUCAGAGAAACUAGACCAGCUGUGGCAGCUUACAGACACUGAAUCAGACAAUCUGCCGGCACCGUUGGACCUCCCGUUUACUCAAGAGCAAAGUCUUACUGCAUCCACCCACACCACUACAAAAGAAGAAGAGACUGACCAAAUAUCAGGACUUUCUGAAGACUUGCAGAGACAGUUACAUGAAGCACAGAGGCGAUACUGUGAGCUGGAGAAAGAAAUGGAGAGAUUGAAGGCGGAGAUGCAGGAGUGCCACUCCUCCAAGGACACAGUCACAGAGCUGAAUAUCUGCCCAGCAUCUCUUGCUCUGCCUGCCCACUGUGUGGAUGCAACAGGGGAUAGGAAAAGAACACCCCCAGACUGCCAUUACCCGCUUGUGAUUCCUCUCCACCGUCACCUGCUGUUGUUCAACAGGGUUCGCCUGCCACAGGUGAGGAGUGAAUCAUACUUGCUGGUGUGUGCAGAAGGGGGGGAGCUUCAAGCCUGGGACAGACACUGUUGUAUUGAGCUCUCCUGAAUGAACCUGAAGA